AGUGCUCCCCUCGCAUAAAAUGUCUUCCGGGAUUCUGCUUGCAUUUGGGAGUGAGAAGCAGACGCGAAAAUCAGUCGUUGAAAACAUCAUUAAUUCUUCGUCUUACCUCUAACUUGUUAAAUCUAAAAGAAGAUGUCUUCUUUAAAAGAAUUUGCUAAGUCUGAUUUUGACCCUGAGCAGCACGUGGAGCAGCUUGCCUGGCGUGUUUUAGGAGGGGACACCAGGGAUGGUCCAGGCAGCUUUGAUCCUAAGAAGAUGCUCAAUGCAUUUGUGUGUACCAUUGAGGAGCUGAAGCUAAGCUCUGCCAGGGUAGAGGAGAAGAUCACAAAGCUGGAACAUGGUAUGAAGACUGAGAUGAAGCAGCAUGCUAAACGUAUCUCACAGCUUCAGGAUCAUAAUAAGCUAGCCUUCCUAAAUUUUCAAGAGCUGGAUGAGCGUAUCAACAGUGUAGCAACCAAGGUGGUUCAUCUAGGAGACCAGUUAGAGGGUGUGAACACACCCAGGUCAAGGGCAGAGGAAGCACUCAAGCUCAUCCAAUAUUUUGCAGAUUUCAUGGAUGAUUUUGGACCAACUGCUGAUAUCUUCAAUGAUCCAGAAAAGUACCAAGAAGCUGCUGAUGUAAUACAGAAGCUACAACUGAUUGCCCAAGAAUUACCACAAGAUCAAUUUGAUAAGCCAAAGAAAAAGAUUCAAGAGAAAUAUAAUCAGAUAGAGGAGGAUCUAAUCCAAGAUUUCAGACAUUACUUCCAAGAAGCUGACAUUGAGAGAAUGAAAGAAUUAGCAAGUAUUCUCAUUCAUUUUAAGGGUUACAAUCGAUGUGUGGAUGCUUUCAUUGAGGAAAGUCAGAUGAACUGUUUCAUUCUUCAAGACGUAUGUGAAGAUCUGCUUCCACUGUGCAAGAAGGUUAAUGCCUUAAUUCAUGAUGUAUUCAGUAGUCCUGAGAGCGUGAUGGGGAGGUUUGUGGUUAACCUUUAUGAAGAUAAGUUACAGACACAUGUGAAGGGCAAACUAGCUGACAAGAAUGAUUUAGAACACUAUCUAAAAAACCUGCAACAUUUGUAUGUGAGGACAGAUAGGCUAACAAGUGCCCUGGCUGAAUACCGUCUAGGAUCCGAUGCCCAUCUCCUCAGCCGUCUGACUAAGAAGAUCUUUGGAGCAUACCUUAACAAGUACAAUGUCGCAGAGACCAAACAUCUCAAAGAAAAGAUGGCAGAACAUCUUGAUAUGUAUUAUAAGGGUCUUGGUCACACCAAGAAAGGUCCACAGCCUGUUGACAGAUUUCAAGACCUUCAGAACAAGAUCAGGACCAAGGCUCCACUGAACAUCGUAGGAGCAGCUCCAGUGGCGGACUACAAAGGAGAGACUUUCCUAUCACAAGAAUUGGCCCUGAAUCUCCUCUAUGAAGCCAAAAUGAGCUUUACUAGAUGUCAACUGCUGUCAAACCAAUCCAACCUUGCCAAGAAUGCCUAUGAUAUAUUCUGUAUCCUGAUUGACUUCAUGUGCAAUGAGCACAUUGACUAUGCCCUGGAGCUUGGUCUGACGGGAGUACCAAUGGGUGAACCUCGAGCCCCUCCUGCAAGCUACUUCUUUGAGAUUGUCUGCCAGGCCAAUGCCAUCUUCCAUCUUCUAGAAAAGCAGUUCAGUGACAUCUUGGUUCCUCUCAUUAGUUCCACUGAGCAGCACACAGAGUGUGUAGCAAAGAAGAAAACUUUGAUGGAGCAAAUGGAAGGGAAGCUAGAAAUAGGAGUGGACAGGUUAUUAAAUGCCAUCUGUGGAUGGCUCAAGCACCUGCUAUCAACUGAGCAGAAGAAGACUGACUUUAGACCCGAGGCAGAGGCUGGGAUGAUGACACCAUUCUCUCCAGCUUGUGCUAAAGUGAUUUCCUACAUGGAAAAGCAGGUUGAAACCAUCAAGAGAUGCAUGGAUGGCAAGAACAUCAACUCAACAUUGGCAGAGCUUGGUAUACGAUUCCAUAGAGUUGUCUAUGAUCAUCUUCAACAAUUCUCCUAUAACUCAAUGGGUGCAAUGCUAGUAAUCUGUGAUGUCAAUGAAUACAGAAGACUAGUCAAGAAUUUCAAGGUCCCAGUGGUUAACACACUGUUUGAGAUGCUCCAUGCCCUGUGUAACCUGUUAGUCGUAGCUCCAGAGAAUCUUAGACAAGUCAUCACAGGAGAACAGCUGGCUGGAUUAGACAAGUCAGUGGUUAUGUCUUUUGUCCAAUUGAGAUCUGACUUCAAGACAGCAAAGAUUGCCCAGCUCCUGAGAUAGCAACAUCCUUGAUGACUAUGACAUAGAUUAUACCUGACUGCUUCUUCUGAGCUUCAGCAUUCUCUUUAGCAUUUCCUAAAGAGCUCAGCGCCUGAGAUAGCAACAUUCUUGAUGACAACAGCAUUUAUUUUGGCAAGUUUCUUUAGAUCUUCAGGGUACUCUCUAUGCUUUCCUGAAGAACCCUGCUCCUGAGAUAUCACCAUCAUUGAUGACUAUAAUGUGGACUGUACCAGGCUUCAUCUGAGCACCAGCAUUCUCUGAAGUCUUUCCUGAAGAACCCAUCGCCGAGAUAGCAACAUUCUAGAUGACAGUAACAAGAUUAUAGCUGUCUUAUUCUCCUGAGCUUGUGUGCAUUCUCAGUAGCCUUUCCUGAAGAACAAUUUGUAUUAACUAGGUCUACAAGCAGUUAGUCUACUUCUCAGAUAGUCUUAUACCAUAGAGCUAAAUCUAUUUGAGAUAAUCUUUGUAGAUUUGCAUGGUGGAGUUUAUAACGAGGAGAAGGUUUACGGUUCACCAUGUGUAAUAUGAAGAAGAGAAGGAAAUACAGGCAGAAAGAUUGAAAUAGAAAGACGAGAAAGGAUGAAAUGAGGAGAGAGUACCCCGCGCUCGUUUAACAUCCUUCACUCCCGAAGACGGACAGUCAACCUGCCCGAAUCGUUGAGUAACCUCUCUUCACUUCAUCCUGCUACUACUCAAACCAUCGCUACUCAAGCUAUAUUCAGCUCAUCUCAUCUGGUUUACAGUCCUUUUCAGGACUUUACUCACUUUCAAGAAAAGAAUACUUCUAUUUUCCUCUUUUCAUCCUAUCUCGUCUUUCCAUUUCGAUCUUUCUGCCUGUAUUUCCUUCCCUUCUUCAUGGUGAACCGUAAACCUUCUCCACGUUAUAUCCAUUUGGUUUUAUAAUGUCAAUUUGGUCUAGUUGCUGUUUAGUCCAAUACCCACUUAAUCUCAUUCCCAUUAGGCCUUUAUGCCCAGUUGGUCUACUUUCCUCUGUGUCUUCCUAUUAUUAUUUUUUUUUACUUUGUCAGAUUAAUUUUUUUCAUAAACAGUUCAUACAAGCAUAUAGACAUUGCGGUUUUAGGCCAGUGGAUGUAGGAUGAAAUGUGUAUACAUUAUCUUAACUGGAAAUUGGACAAAAUGGUAAGUGGGCUAAAUGGCCAUUAGCCAAAUGUUUAUGAGACAAACUGGCCACAGACACAGCAGGAUUAGACCAUGGGAGAUGAAAGCAGAUGGAAAAUAGAAGAAGCAGGUUUGAACCAUGGGGAAAGUUACCUUAAGAAUUCAUCUCCUGAGAUAGUAAAAUCUUUGAUGACAUAGUUUAUACCUGGCUUCUUCUGAUCUUCAGCAUGCUCUGUAACCUUUCUUGAAGAUGUUGAUGACACAAAGACUUGCAGGACAUGUGUCGUCAUGUUAAUUGUCUUCAGGAUGUGAUCAGAUAUAGCCACAGACUGCAUAUGAAAUAUAUUUAUUAACACAAGUAUUAACCUGAAAAAUUCAAAUUGUCCUGUGAAAACCAUAUGCACUAUCAACAUGUUAUUUCAUCUUUUUGGAUGAAGACAAACUAGCGUUGUGCUAAUAAAAUUAAGUUCUUUAAUAAAUGUGAGUCAAUGUUCAUCAUGCUUUAGAUCAUUGUUUGUUUCAAAAGUCAUAUAAAUGAAAAAAGGUUGAAUAGUGUAUUACCUUUUAUACAAAUUGAAAAUAUGUACACCUUUGUCGAACAUAUGUGGAAUUAUGGAAUCAUUCUGCCAUUUGCAAUUUUUUUCGUCAUUCCAUUUAGAUAAUUGUGAUAACAUUUAAGAACUGUGUUGUUGAAGUUUGUAAUCAAAAGAAAAUUAAAUUGUAACAGAUCUUGGUGUGUUUCACCCAGAUUUGAGAGUGAUUACAAUUCAUAUUUGAAUUCACAAUUACUCAAGGUAAGCAAUGCAUUGCUGUAUUGGACAGAUUAUGAGAUUAUGAGAUGGGUCUACUAAUUAAAAAUGAGAUUAAUAUUGAAUAUCACAGGGAUGUUGGAAACUUAUGUACGACUUCUAUCUAGACUUCAUUCUUUGUGAAACACCUCCCUGAUCAAAAUUUUUGUUGAAAUCUAAGAACAUAUUCAGGAUAAAACUAUGGAGUGAUUAACGAUACAGUGAUGCUUAAUAGAUUAAUAUAAGAAUUAAUGAUUCAUAUAGCGAAAAAUGUCGGUCUUGAACAAAAUUCCAUAGUAUAUCCCUUUGAUCCACUAUGUGCAAAGAUAAUAUUUACUCAUUGAAGGUCAGUUGUGUUCCCUUCCACUUUAUAUACAAGGUUUGUGCCAUAAUCUAUGCAAAAUAGGAACUAGGCAGAGUUACUCAAACUAAGAAUUAUUGAUGAUUUAUCAUAAAUUAAUCACAAAUACAAUAUAUGUGACCUAUCAUUCAUCAGAUGAUUCCUAAUCCUGACAUGAGUGAGUAAAAACAAUUUGAAGUAAGGAUACAAAAAUGUCAUUUGGAAGAUUUUUUAAGAAAAUCAUGUCUAAACAGUUUAAUAUCUUCUUUUAAUUCAAACGAAGAAAAUGGUUAAGAAAUAACACAUUCUGUUUAAGAAUAGUGCUUGAAUUUCAAUACUUUUAUUGAAUGAGGAUGUUUUACAGGCGAGCUGUCAGACUUUCACAUUGUUUGGUUUUUGUUAUUGAUCAGCCAUACUUGAAGUCUUUUGUUAACAGUACAAUAACCUAUGACAGGGAAUCCAUUUCACAUUUGUUGAUGAAAUUGAGGAAAUACAAGCAGUAUCUUAGAGAAAAGAACUGUUUUUUCUUGACCUUUUCUUUGAUUUAGGUAUCAAAUAAAAGGGCAGAUAUCAACAAUUUUAAACAUGAGGCUUUUUUUAAAAUCCAGAUACCAGUUGUCAUCUGACUUUUUGGUAUUUUUUCUUCAUAUUGUUUUUACUCAUUUGUGUGCGAAUGAGAAAUCAUCUAAGUUAUACUUAUACUAUAUAAAAGAGGAGACUCGUCAUUUGUGUAAGUAAUAACAGGUCAUCAAAAUUUGUGGUUUUAUUUUCCUGGGAUGCAAUGUAUAUCUAUAAGAUCAUUAACUUAAGUUUGCUAUGUUUCUUAAUCUACCCAUACAUGUGUAUCCAUGAUGAUAUGGAUUAUAUCACUCAAAAGAAAAACAUAAAUUUACAUCAAGAAAUUUAAUCUUAAAUUGACCAGUUGGGAGGGGUCAAUUAUUCUCCCCCCCAAAAAAAAAAUGUGACCAUACAAGUAUUUACAAAUUUUUGACCACACCACUUUACUUUCAAGUCUUACACAUUGCAUGCAUCUUUGGGUGUGUUUUGGACUGGUAUGAUCUCAAUGUUGAUUAUAGUUGAACCCCCCUCUUCCUUUUUUAGCUCAAAGGGCCAGAUGAGCUUAUGCCGUGGCGUGGCGUCCGUCGACAAUUUCAAAAUGCUUCUUCUUCGCCAUUUCAAGUCCGAUUUCAAUUCUGUUUGCUUUAUAUGAUAGCACUAGGUGGGGGAUUCAAAACUUCUUCACAGAAUUUUGAAACUCAUUAAAUAUGCUAAUUAUGCACGUUUUUCAAAAUUC